AUGGUCCAUGACUCAAGUGAGGAGUUGACUUGGGAGGCCGAAGAUGAAUGGAUAACAGUGGCAGAGUAUGAUGUUAAAUUUACACAGUUGGCUCGAUAUGUACCAUAUCUUAUCUCUACGAAAGAGAUGAAGAUUAGGAGAUUUGUUGAUGGGUUAGUGGAGCCCUUGUUUAAGGGAGUAAGUUCUCGAGAGUUUGAUUUUUAUGCCUCAGUUGUGGAUUGUGCUCAAAAGAUAGAGAUGAGGAUUGUUAAGACUAAAAUAGCUAAAGAUAGGUCGAAGAGGGCCAAGAUUGAGAGUCAUAGGGAUUUUAGGGGUAAUAGGGGAUCUUCUUCCACAAGACAACCUAGAGAUACUUAG